AACACAAACAAAACGUGUAUAGAACAUUUUUUUCGACGUUCACAAUUUUGUGCGGAGCUAGGGAGCUGCUGGAGCUGUAAAAAUAAAAGCCAGCGAAAUUCUGUGAAGAAAUUUGUUAUUGCAAAAUACUCAAAUAGUGCGUAUUGUAUUUGCUUAUUUGUGUGCAGCUGAGUUAAACAGCACAGCAACAACAACAACAACAACAACAACAAGCAGAAGAAGCUGAAGAAGAGAUAGCAGCAGCAACAGGAUGUCCGGUCUGCCACGUCGUAUUAUUAAGGAGACGCAGCGCCUGAUGCUGGAACCGGUGCCGGGCAUCAAUGCGAUACCCGAUGAGAAUAACGCACGCUAUUUCCAUGUGAUUGUCACCGGUCCGAAUGAUUCGCCCUUCGAGGGCGGCAUCUUUAAGCUGGAGCUCUUUUUGCCGGAGGACUAUCCAAUGUCGGCGCCUAAGGUGCGUUUCAUCACAAAGAUCUAUCAUCCGAACAUCGAUCGUUUGGGCCGCAUCUGUCUGGACGUUUUGAAAGACAAGUGGAGUCCGGCCCUCCAAAUACGCACCAUUCUGUUGUCCAUUCAGGCCCUGCUCAGCGCACCCAAUCCCGAUGAUCCGCUGGCCAACGAUGUGGCCGAAUUGUGGAAGGUCAAUGAGGCGGAGGCCAUACGCAAUGCCCGCGAAUGGACUCAAAAGUAUGCGGUCGAAGACUGAAGCGCAAUG